AUGGAUGAUAAAAGUAUAAAACAAUUUCUUUCGAAUGAAGGUUGUGAUUUUGUAGAAUUCAAAAUGAAUGUCCCAUCUGCCAGUCAUAUGGGUGGAGUUUGGGAACGUCAAAUCCGGUCAGUUAGAAAUGUGCUUGCGUCACUAAUGCAUCAAUCUGGUACACAAUUGGACGAUGAAUCUUUGAGAACUUUUAUGUGCGAAGCCGCAGCAAUUGUGAACAGCCGUCCUUUAACUCUUGACAAUUUGAAUGAUCCUUUAUCAGAAGAACCCCUAACGCCAAAUCAUAUACUUACGAUGAAGUCAAAGAUUAUUCUUCCUCCGCCUGGACAAUUUCAAAGAAGUGAUAUUUACUCUCGAAAACGCUGGAGGCGAGUUCAGUUCUUAGCAAACGAGUUUUGGAAUAGGUGGAGAAAGACGUUUUUGUCUAAUCUACAAUCUAGAAAGAAGUGGACUGCUCCUAGACGAAAAGUCGGCGAUAUAGUUAUGAUAAAAGAUGAACAAGCCGCGCGAAAUCAGUGGCAUCUUGGGAAGAUCAACACAGCACACGUAGAUGAGGAUGGACUUGUAAGGAAAGUGCGGGUUACGAUCGGUGCUCAAAUUGACAAAAGUGGAAGGAGGAAUUCACCUCUUCAGGAAUUAGAUAGGCCGAUUCAAAAACUAGUGUUAGUAUUAGAAGUAGGGGAAACCGAGGAAGUCCCCACCGAGGAGCUUAAUGACAUUUAG